CCGAGUUCAGAGGGUAAUGGUUGGAUGAAGAUGGCUGUCGGCAAACGGAGGUGUUGGCAGUAAGCGAAAUGGCUCACAGAACUAGACUCGUGUUUAGCCAUCAUUACUAGACUUGAAAUGCAGAGCUAUAUGCAUUUCUGAUAAUUAUUAUAUUUUGACAUUUUUGUCGAGGAGGGCUGCAUAAUGGUGCACGUGUACGAGUUCAUGUGGCGGGUUUUGCAUGUCCUUCUCCACAUUCAUAGAACGUUUAUCACUUUGUUCCGAAUCCGUCUUCGCAAUUGGAAUGGGCAGCUAUGGUCACGAGCCUUAGCGGCGCUUCUUGUGCCGAUAGCUCUCUCGUUUCCCAAACAGAAAAAGCUCGUUCCUGCACCCGGUAAACUCGUUGGUCGUCGGUAUCGCUGGGGGGCGGAUGGGAAAUCCCUGGAGAAGCUGCCUGACCAUAUCGGCUUGUUGAUAGCGGAAGAAGAGCCGAGAUACACAGACAUUGCCAACCUUGUCGUGUGGUGCAUGGCAGUCGGCAUAUCUUAUAUCAGUGUGUACGAUAAUCACGGUGUGUUCAGGAGGAACAACUCCAGGCUGAUGGAGGAGAUCCUGAAGCAGCAGCAGGAGCUCCUGGGUCUGGAAGGCUCCAAGCAGCACUCUGUAGAGUUCCUCAGCAAUGGCACUGACAAACAGGACCAUCAAGUGCUGUCGUGUCAGUCCGUGGUGAAGGUGCUGUCUCCAGACGAUGGGAAGCUGAGAAUCGUCCAGGCAGCACAGGAGCUGUGUAGAGCUGUGGAACAGAUGGAGAAGACAGCCAAAGACAUCAACGUCACUGUGCUUGACUCUCUACUCAGAGAGUCGAAGACUACACCAGAUCCUGACCUGGUUCUGAAGUUCGGCCCAGUAGAAAGCACCCUGGGGUUCCUGCCCUGGCACAUAAGACUGACAGAGUUCAUCUCCUUACCCUCCCACGUGGAUGUCUCCUAUGAGGACUUAUUCAGCGCCCUUCAGCACUACGCCUCCUGUGAGCAGCGGCUGGGGAAGUGAGUGAUUGGCCAGGCCCCCUUCAGAGGAAGGGGAACGACAGGGGUGGGGUAGGAGCUGCCCUUGCCCCUCCUCCUCCCGGGUCUCUGUUUACAGUGCAGGCGCUAGAGAACAAGCAGACAGCGUACCGCCACAUCGAAUCGCAUCUCCACCACCACUCACUCACUGUUUUUCUGCUCAUCUGGCUCGCCAGGCCACCUCUGUGAGGCAUGCUGGGUAGUACGGGUCCUGCCAAGGUAGCGUCACGCACUGAACAUCUACCCCCGCGUCAGUCGGAUUAACGAGGAACCAACAUCACCUGAAGGACAUGGUUAGCAGUAUGGUAUAAAUCUAGUUUAGCUUCGCUUCUCUCUCUGUUUGCUCUAGAUCCUGCUGUGCCCCUGAGGUAUGGCUGAGGAUGACGUUCUGCUGCUCUGAAGGGUGUGAUGUGUUGAGAGGGAUGUGUGAGGCAAAAUGUUUAGUGCUGAACAACAUUCCUCCACAUCGCUCAUCAGGAGGUCUCUCUAUCUCUGACUACGUGGGGGAUCUCCUUGGGGGUUUGAAUGGAAAUUAACUUUAUGUAAGUUUGCUUCAAAUGUAGCGCUUGAUCAAUGUGGUACGAGAGGCUUUGGAACGAGAGCUCUGUAAUCCAUGACUAUACUCUGCACAUGAUGUGAAGGAUGCCCGACUACAAUGGUUGUACUUUUAAGUCUUUAUUCCAAGUUACUAUUGGUGGACUGUAUCUGCUUGUGUACGUGUGUGAAGCUCAGCCAGCAUGUCACACUUAACCUACACUAAAUCCAAUCUUUGCAAUCCAGUGGGAAGAAAGAGAAAGCAGUUGUCUGUAUACAAUGUGACCAUCACUACUCUUUCUAUUGCUCCGUCCAUAACGUGAAGAUGAUUGCAUAUUGAACGUCCCCGUAAGAAUCCGCAGUGCUGCCUCCGGUUGUUCAUCCAUGUGAAGAUCGACUAACUCUUGUCUGAAAGUGUUGUUGGUCUGCUAUUUCCUUAUCUCAUGAACUCUUUUUAAAACCCAGAUUCAGUGUUUUCUUUCUCUCUGAUUAGAUGGCAUACAGUAGUAUUUUCACCAUCAUGCUAACUUUUAAUACCAAUGGGACCCAAUCCUUCACUAGCUAAGGUGCCAGCGGUUGAGUUGUCAUUGGAAGGUUUGAUGGGUUGUUCCACAUGGAGCCUGUCUGUUUAAAUGAUCAAUAAAUGUUACUGAAAACCCAAUAUAUAUAUAUACAGUACCUGCUUUGUUUGGAUUGGAUUUUUUUUUAAAGACAGGCUGACAAUGUCUUGUGAAUAAUCCUCCUUUGAGAUAAAUGGAACGGAUGUAAAUGGUUGAUUUUUAUAGUUGUGUUGUAUGACCUCAUUUUCUGCAUGUCCCCUCGCAUGUAAUGUGUUUGGUGAACAAGUGUUGUAUCCCUAGUACUGUAUGCACCAAGAGGUGUCAAGGGCCUGGUGGCUUUUAAACCUCAAAUGAUCAACCUUUGAACAAUUGAAAGAGUCAAGCCAUAGUCCCCUUGGAUUUGUUAGCUGGAAGCCAUGUGACUCGAGAGGGACUCCGAUGCAGGUUUCUAGUCCUUCUCAAUUGAUAUGCAGCAAUCAUCCAAAUGCAUGAAAGACGACACCAUCAUUCAAAGGGAAAGCAACUUGAAACGCUUCAUAACUGUCUGAGGUGUGCAGGAGAGCUGCGUCUCCCUGGAUGCUGUGUUUUUAGAUCAAACACACUGGCCCACGCAGCUGAGAGUAGCCCCAACCACUACUGCUACUCCACUCCCUUUCAGAUGCAGCACUUUACACCCCUAAACAUCCCCUUCCAAUUGAAGAUGGUUGUGUUUUAGGGGGUUUGCGAUGUCGGCUGUUUCUACAUGAUGUUUUCUAUGCAUUGCAAAAUGUAUUCAACCGUACUGCAAAAGGACUAGGGAAGGUCCCUGUUACCUACUGUCAUCUGCAUAGCUGUACUCUGUCACAUACUUGCAGGUGCAGCAAAAUUAUUGUAUUUUUUGCUACAGCAGUGCAUUAAUAAUACCUAGUAAUACACACAAUUCAAAAAUGUCAUUAAAUAUCAGAAUGGGCAAUGUCAGAGUCCAGAAUACAUAUAUACUUAGUGUAUAAGACAUUAUGAAUACCUUCCUAAUAUUGAGUUGCACCCACUUUUUCCCCUCAGAACAGCCUCAAGUUGUUGGGGCCAAGGAGUGUUCCCCGGGGAUGCUGGCCUAUGUUGACUCCAAUGUUUUCCACAGUGUCAAGUUGGUUGGAUGUCCUUUGGAUGGUGGACCAUUCUUGAUAGACACGGGAAAAUGUUGUGACAAACCCAGCAGCGUUGCAGUUCUUGACACUCAAACCAGUUGGCCUGGCAUACCUCAUUCAAAGGCACUAAAAUAUUUUGUCUUGUCCAUUCACCCUCUGAAUGGCACACAUACACAAUCUGUGUCUCUGUCUCGAGGCUUAAAAUCCUCAUUUAGCCUGCCUCCUCCCCUUCAUCUACACUGAUUGAAGUGGAUUUAACUGGUGACAUCAGUAAGGGAUCAUGGCUUUCACCUGGUCAGCCUGUCAUGGAAAGAGCAGGUGUUUCUAAUGUUUUGUACCGAUUCUGAGACAUGCUUUCAAUGAGUGACAGAUCUAUAACUCUCAUUUCUAUGUACACUUUGUUGGUCGCCCCAAAAGGUUGCAUAUUGCAGCUUUAAGAACCCUUGUUAUUGCCAUGACAUCAUGUCAAAGCUAUGAUUCCUUAUUGAUGUCCCUUGUUAAAUCCACUUGAAUCAGUGUAGAUGAAUGGGAGGAGACUGUUUUUAAAGAAGGAUUUUUAAGCCUUGAGACUGGAUUGUGUAUGUGUUUCAGGAAUGGAUUGUGUAUGUGUGCCAUUCAGAUGUUGAAUGGUCAAGAUGAAAAUUGUAAGUGCCUUUGAAUGGGGUACGGUAGUGCCAGGCACACCGGUUUGUGUCGAGGUGCAACACUGCUGGGGUUUUCAUGCUUAAAAGGUUUUCCGUGUGUAUGAAUGGUCCACCACCCAAAGGACAUCCAGCCAACUUCAAACAACUGUGGCAAGCAUUGGUGUCAACAUGGGCCAGCAUCCCUGUGGAAUGUAGAGGACCAGGUGGUAGGUGGUUAGUAAACAGUAAUUAAAGUUCAGGGCAGGGUACUGGUUGGAGGCUGACUGUUUAACAGUCUGAUGGCCUGGAGAUAGAAGCUGUUUCUCAGUCUCUUGGUCACUGCUUUGAUGCACCUUUGCUGUCUCCAAGUUGGUAGCAGGGUGAACAGGCCGUGGCUUGAGUGGCUGAGGACUUCUUGGCCUUCCUGUGACACCAGGUGCUGUAGACGUCCUGGAGGGCAGGCAGUGUGCCACCGAUGAUGGGUUGGGCUGACCACACCACCCUCUGGAGAGCCCUGCAGUUGCGGACGGUGCAAUUGCCGUACCAGGCGGUGAUACAGCCGGACAGGAUGCUCUCCAUUGUGCAUCUGUAGAAGUUUGUGAGGGUCUUAGGGACCAAGCAACAUUUCUUCAGCCUUCUGAGGUUGAAGAGGCACUGUUGUCUUCAGUGAUGUGCAUGCCGAGGGACAUGACGCUUUUGACCCUCUCCACUGUAGCCCUGUCGAUGGGGCCGUGCUCUCUCUGCUGUCUCCUGUAGUCCAUGAUCAGCUCCUUCAUUUUGUUGACAUUGAGGGUGAGUUUAUUUUCCUGGCACCACUCUGCCAGGGCUCUCUGAGUUGUAGAAGUGCGUGGCCACGCAGUUAUGGGUGAACAGGUAGUACAGAAGGGGGCUGAGCACACACCCCUGUGGUGCCCCCAUGUUGAAGAUCAGCAUGGCGGAGAUGUCGUUGCCUACCUUCACCACUUGGGAAGUCAGUAAGUCCAGGACCCAGGUGCACAGGGAGGGGUUCAGACCCAGGCCACUGAGCUUAGAGGGCACUAUGGUGUUAAAGGCUGAGCUGUAGUUUAUUAACCCCGUUCUUACAUGGGUAUUUCUCUUCUCCAGGUGGGAUUGUACAGUGUAAUGGCGAUUGCGUCGUCCGUGGAUCUGUCGGUGCGUUAUGCGAAUUGUAGCCGGUCUAGGUUGUUGCGUAAGGUGGCGGUGCAGCCUGGUCUCAUAGACCAGACAUAAUAUAGUAAAUGUAAAUCGGGGACGCUCAAAUUUUACUGAAUAAAAAUAUAAACGCAACAUGUAAAGUGUUGGUCCCAUUUUUCAUGAGCUGAAAUUAAAGAACACAAAAUUGUCCAUAUGCACAAAAAGCUUAUUUCUCUCAAAUGUUGUGCAGAAAUGUGUUUACAACCCUGUUAGUGAGUAUUUUCUCCUUUGCCAAGAUGCUACACCUGUCAGGUGGAUGGAUUAUAUCAGGAAGUUGAUUAAACAGCAUGAUCAUUACACAGGUGCUGGGGACAAUAAAAGGACACUCUAAAAUGUGCAGAUUUGUCACACAACACAAUGCCACAGAUGUCUCAAGUUUUGAGGGUGUGGGCAAUUGGCAUGCUGACUGCAGGAAUGUCCACCAAAGCUGUUGCCAGCGAAUUGAACGUUAAUUUCUAUACCAAAAGCCCAUCUGUGUGCUCGUCGUCCUCACCAGGGUCUUGACCAGACUGCAGUUCAACGUCGUAACCGGCUUCAGACGUUUGUGAGAAUACCAGUUUUCGGGAUGACUGAUGGUCUGCCAAGUACCGCUCUAGCUCUGCCACCUUUCACCGCAGAUGCGGGAAAAAACAAAGCAAAAAAACACAUCUCUAGCUUAAAUUGACAGAUUUUGAGGGACUUCUUUGUUUUAACUUACAUUGAUGCAGCCGGUGCUCUUAGGGGGUCAUGAUGACAGAAGUGAGUGCUACGGUGCGAUAGUCAUUUAGUUCAGUUACCUUUGCUUUCGUGGGUACAUGAACAAUGGUGUACAUCUUGAAGCAACUGGGGACAACCGACUGGGAUAUGGAAAGAUUGAAUUUGUCUUUAAACACUCCAGUCUGCUGGUCUGCACAAGCUCUGAUGACGCAGCUUGGGAAGCCAAGCGGACAAUAUUCUCCUACCCAUUCUAGAACCAACCUUCUGAAAUAUCGAUGACUGCAGUAGUCGUGAGUGCUAGAUUCACAUUUGUUUGAUUUUGUUACGCAAUACCAUUGUGGGGCCACUGAACAGAAAGAGUCUUAUAUGAGAUGUUAACAUAGUUUGUACAGUUAUGAUGUAGAGUCAGAACGACAAAAGCAUAUUUUCAUUACUCUUUCAUUCCCAAUAACUGCUCUCUGGUUCUCCCUGCUGAUUGAUCAAGGGGAUUCCAGAAAGUAUUGGUGGCUCCCCGUAUUCUGGCCUAGCAGCUAACUGUAAAUAGAGCCGUGAAAUGAAAACAAUAAUGGAGAUGUGACCUUGUAGGAGGCUUGUACUUCAUUUGUGAAUGUUUAUUUUCAUUUUCAGUCUGGUGCAGGGGGAAAUAACAGACAGACAGACGGUCUAUUUGUAAACAGUGCCAAAGCCACUAUGAGCUGGGGUAAGGGACGGUAGGGGUUUUCACAUUUUCACACAUUCAUACACAGUUUCCUGUGUAGUGCUGAAAUAACCACGGCAACCACAUUGUUAAUCUGUGUAUGAUUGUAAAACCGUUUUUCUUGAUCCAGAAAAAUGAUCUUGAAACAAAUGACCUGUGUACCUAUUUUAAAUGAAGAUGGAACAUUAAAAGGAAAACUGAUUAUAAACUGAA